AUGGAGGCGGCUGGAGUUAUGACCUGCAUUCUCGUCGGCGUCAUUCGAGGAGUCUGCGACUACGGAGAUGAACACAAGAACAAGCAGUGGCAACCGUAUGCGGCUGCGGUGGCUGCUGCCUAUGCAAAGGCCGUGUUGGCCCGGAUUCCGCCCAAAGUCGCUGUGCGGGUUGAGGGACAAGUCAUGCGAAAUGGUUAG